UAUAAGGAUGCCGACUGCCGUAAAACACCAAAGAAGAAGAAGAAGAAGACGAAGAAGAAGAAGAAGAAGAAGAAGAAGAAGAAGAAGAAGAAGAUCUUCGGCUUCAGACUUUUAGACGACGACGUAAAGUUAGUUGCUGGUCACUGUGGGUGUGAUGGGGCACAGGGUUGUCACUGGGGUUCAGCAGCCCCGUCCCAUCCAGCUUAUAUUGCCGCUAGUGCUCCUUGUCAUCCUGCUGGCAGCAGUUUGGGCGGAGAGCCAAGACUACUACAAACUACUGGGAGUCAGCAGGGAGGCCAUGACCAGAGAGAUAAGACAGGCCUUCAAGAAGCUGGCCCUUACAAUGCACCCCGACAAAACCCCUGGUGACCCCUCAGCCCAUGAGAAGUUCCUGCAGGUGAAUCGAGCUUACGAGGUUCUGAAGGAUGAAGACCUCAGGAAGAAAUAUGAUAAAUAUGGAGAAAAGGGGUUAGAUGAGCAGCAGCAGGGGGGACGCUAUGAGAGCUGGAACUACUACCGAUAUGACUUUGGUAUCUACGAUGACGAUGAUGAAAUCAUCACGUUGGAUAGUGGAGACUUUGAUUCAGCAGUGAACUCUGGAGAAAUCUGGUUCAUCAACUUCUAUUUCCCACGAUGUUCACAUUGUCACCAGCUGGCUCCAACGUGGAGGGAGUUUGCAAAAGAGAUGGAUGGAGUCAUCAGGAUUGGAGCAGUGAACUGUGGAGACAACAACCAUCUUUGCAGGAGGAAAGGCAUCAACAGCUACCCAAGUCUGUUUAUAUACAGAGCAGAACAGAAACCAGAGAAGUUUAACGGGGAACGUUCUAAAGACUCCCUGGUCCACUUCUCCAUGCAGUUCAUCACAACAACGGUCACUCAGCUCUGGCAAGGUAAUGUGUUCAACGAGAUAGAGAGUGCGUUCUCGUUAGGGCUUGGCCUGCUGAUCACCUUCUGCUUUGACACUGGAGAUUGCUUGGAGCCAAGAACAAGACAGAAAGUUGCUGGAAUGCUGGAUGGUCUGGUUAAGGUGGGAUGGAUGAACUGUACCUCAGAGGAGCAGCUUUGUGGCAGUUUCCAGGUGACCAGUGGAGCAACAAUUUUUUUCCCACCUGGAAGUUCUCUGGAUCAACAAGGCAGUGUGCUGUGGUUGAAUACUCUGGACAGUAAAGAGAUUUACAAUCAGGUCAUCAACCAUCUGCCUGAUCUGCAACUGCUGACCAGCGACAACUUCCAGAGCAAGCUAGCCCAUCACCGCUGGUUGGUGAGUUUUACAUUUCGAGACAGAAGCCCUGCCACCAUCGAGUACAAGAAGCUACAAGCUUUCCUCCGAAAUGACCACAUACAGGUUAGCAGAGUAGAUUGUAUAGCAGACUCAGAGUUAUGCAAGUCUCUCUACAUUGAUAAACCAUGUGUCGCUGUCUUCAAAGGACUGGGAAUCAAUGACUUUGAGAUCCACCAUGGUAAAGAUGUGUUGUACAACAUUGUGGGUUUUGCGAGAGACAGCGUGCACGCUCAUGUGACAACGCUAAGACCUGACAACUUUCCUUCAGACAGAAAAGAGCCCUGGCUGGUCGACUUCUUUGCUCCGUGGUGUCCUCCAUGUCGAGCCUUAUUGCCUGAACUGAGAAAAGCUUCAAUCCAAUUGUCUGGGCGGAUGAAGUUUGGUACUCUCGACUGUACUAUCCACCACAACCUCUGCUCUAUGUACAAUAUUCAGGCUUAUCCCACCACAGUCCUCUUUAAUGGUUCCUCUGUCCAUGAAUAUGAAGGACAACAUUCAGCUGAUGGGAUCCUGGAGUUCAUACAGGACCUAGUGCAUCCAUCUGUGGUGGUCCUGGAUCCAUCCAGCUUCACCGAGAGAGUUAAAGAUGGACUUGAAGGGAGUAUCUGGUUGGUGGAUUUCUAUGCUCCAUGGUGUGGUCCCUGUCAGGUUCUGAUACCAGAGUGGAGACGGAUGGCCAGGCUGCUGUCAGGUCAGAUCCUUGUUGGUUCAGUUGACUGUCAGAGGUUUCAGUCUUUCUGUCAGAGUCAGAAUGUGAGGGCAUACCCAGAAAUCCGCCUGUACCCUGGCAAAAGCCGGAAGCCAGAUCACUACAUGAGUUAUAAUGGUUGGCACAGAGAUGCCCAUUCACUGAGAGCUUGGGCAUUGAGCUCUUUACCCAGAGUUUCUGUGGACCUGACUCCAGAGUCCUUUAGGUCUCAGGUUCUAUCAGGUCAGGCUCAUUGGGUUCUGGAUUUUUAUGCCCCUUGGUGUGGACCAUGUCAACACUUUUCCCCAGAGUUUGAGGUCCUGGCACAGAUUCUUAAAGGGGAGGUUCGGGCAGGGAAGGUGGACUGUCAGUCUUAUCAUCAGACCUGUCAAUCAGCUGGAAUCACUGCCUACCCAACCGUCAGAUUCUACCCAUACCUUGGAACAAAAAGGCAUGAACACAGUGGAGUACACAUCAACAGCCGAGACGCUAAUGUGAUUGCAGACACCAUCAGACAGCAACUACAACAGUCGCCACAGUUACACAACAAACUGAAGGAUGAGCUCUGAUGUUCUUCAGGUGAUGCAAGGAGAAAAUCGGUCAGGGAGUAGCAAAAAUUGAUUUGAUUGGUCUAGUUUAAAGAUCACUCAGUCAACACUCCCAAGACCACAGCUGUAAUGCAGAGACAGACAGAUGGACACCGACUGUUACAUGCUGUGCUGAAUGUGCUUUGACCAUGUCUUUGUUUUUAUUUUGUCUCCAUUGUUUAUAUUUACUCUAUGAUGUAAAACUGUGAGACAGUAUAUAUUGGAAAUAUUACUGAAACAAACUCUCACUCACUCACUCACUCACUCACUCACUCACUCACUCACUUACUUACUUACUUACUUACUUACUUACUUACUUACUUACUUUUGGGAACAUUACAUUCAGUCAUACAUUCAUUUCCUGGAGACCUACCCUAACCCUAAACUUAACUACUGCUUGCCUACCCCUACUCCUAACCUUAAAGGGAUAGUUUUAGGAUUUUUGUGAGUUGUAUGUGGUACGAUUUUAUAGGAGAAUCAGACAGGGAUUCUGGCACAGAAGUAGAGUUAUGCACUGCUGUGGACAGGGUCAGCAGAAAAAUAUAUUUUAGCCACAAAAUAGCCUGCCUAAAAAAAAAAAACACGAGUUAAAGUGUAUGCUAUAUAAGAAUAUUACCACCACUUUACCUUGCUGUCAGACAGCCUUUUCAAUUAAAUGUUUUUUUGUCUCAACUGAAGAAUUUACGUAUAUCUAUGUAUGCCUAUACCUAAACCCAAGUGUGCCAGGCACAACGUAUUAUGCUUCAGAUCUGACAGUACCUCAUAAAGUACCUCUUCCAUCCUGCAACUUCCAAGAAGCUAAACUAUCCCUUUAACCACCUAUCCCUAAAUACUAACCUAAAAUCAAUAUGGCUUUUGUCUCCAAUUGAAUGAGUUAUUAACUUUCCUUUAGUCUAGAAUAUCACGAAAAUGAUGCAAAAUCAGACCACACAGAUGUUGACAUAGUGUUGUAUUUUAUUGUGUAGAAACUAUAAUAAAAAAAUUCUGUUAAGAUUUUGACAGUCGCAUUAGUUAAACAA